AUGACCACUGAGACCAAACAAUCCAAAAGGUCCGCUUCCGUUGAGGCGCCCGCGCCCCAUGUCGGCUCCGGCUCCAGGGCUCCUUCGGAGGAGUUCCAGCUGAUGGGCGCCACAAGUCCUGGCGUCAAGCGCAUGGAGGCUAUCUCUGCUCAUCUCACGCUGUUUGAUCGCAUCUUCCUGUUCAUUGGCGUGUUUGUCAUCGCCUAUGCCUAUUCAUUGGACGCUACAGUCCGAUAUACAUAUCAGACCACUGCCACCGCCUCGUUCCAACACCACAGUCUUUUGGCCUCUGUCAAUGUCGUUCGCAGCGUUAUUGCCGCUGUAGGCCAGCCCACCGCCUCCAAGAUUGCUGACGUCUUCGGUCGUGUCGAGCUGGUGCUCGUCUCCAUCUUCUUUUACGUCCUCGGGACCAUCGUCGAGGCCGUUUCCAAUAAUGUCGCCACUUUCUGUGCUGGUGCUGUGCUGUAUCAGAUUGGGUAUACUUUCAUAAUUCUGCUAGUCGAGGUCAUUAUUGGAGACAUCUCCUCGCUACGCGCUCGACUGUUUUUCUCCUACAUCCCCGCAACCCCUUUCAUCAUCAACACCUGGGUUUCUGGCGACGUCGCUGCUUCGACUCUCGCCAAUGCCGGCUGGAGGUGGGGAAUCGGCAUGUGGGCAAUUGUCUACCCAAUCAGCGCCAUUCCCCUUCUCGCAGCCUUGCUCGUUGCCCACCGUCGUGCCAAGAAGUCAGCCGAUCUUGCCGACUACAAGACGCCCUUUGAGAUAUUGGGCGCCGGGGGCCUCAUAAAGGCGCUUUUCUGGCAACUAGACGUAAUCGGCAUCAUCCUCAUGAUCGCGGUAUUCGCUUUGCUCUUGACACCCCUUACGCUUGCUGGCGGUGUCGCAGAGACGUGGAAGGAAGCCCAUAUCGUCGCCCCGCUCGUUGUUGGCUUUGUCUGCAUUCCAGUUUUCGCGUGGUGGGAGAUCAAGGCGGUGCACCCGCUAAUUCCGUUCCACUUGCUCAAGGAUCGCGCCAUCUGGGCCGCCCUCGGCAUCGCCAUGACCCUGAACUGGGCCUGGUACAUGCAAGCAGACUUCCUCUAUACUGUCCUGGUCGUCGCCUUCGACGAGACUACCAAGUCAGCCACCCGCAUCACCCAGCUCUACAGCUUCGCCUCAGUCCUCAUGGGCUGGUUCCUCGGCGUCGUCGUGUUCAAGGUCCGCCGGCUCAAGCCCUUCAUCGUCUUCGGCACGUGCCUGUUCAUGGUCGCGUUCGGCAUGCUGAUCCACUACCGUGGCGGGACCUCGAUGAGCCACCAUGCUGGCAUGGUCGGCGCGCAGGUGGUCCUGGGCAUCGCAGGCGGGCUGUUCCCGUACCCGACGCAGGCGUCCAUCCAGGCCGCAACCAAGCACGAGCACCUGGCCAUCGUGACAGGUCUCUACCUGGGCACGUACAACAUCGGGUCGGCGCUGGGGGCGUGCGUGUCGGGGGCUGUGUGGUCACAGGUGCUGCCGGGCCAGCUCGAGAGCCACACGGGCAAUGCGACGACGGCGGCCACGGUCUAUGCCGACCCGCUCACCUGGUCUUACAGCAACCCGGUCGGCACCCCCGACCGCGACGCCGUCAUCGCCGCCUACCGCUCCACCCAGAACUACCUAUGCAUCACCGGCAUCUGCUUGAGCUCCCUGCUCAUCUUCUUCUCGCUUGCCCUGCGCAACCCCAAGCUUACCGACCAGCAGAGCUUACCGGAGGCGGAGGAGAAGGGUGGCGUGACGCCUGAGGUGCGGGAGGACGGGCGGCGGAAGGGCUUCCUGGCGAAGCUGUUUUAA